AUGGACGUUGCCGAUGACACCAGCGUACCGGAAAUAACGGACCACCAUGACAUCGAGAGAUUAUGCUGCGUAAUCGCAAACGUGUCUUGCGAAAAGGAGACCGGAGGAAAGUCAAAAUCUGGUCUGGAAUCCCUUGAAAAGUUCGUCGCCAAAAAGCCAACUCCGUUCCAAGCAAAAGUCACGCCGAUAAGAGACUUCGUUACGUCUCAUAAAAUCCCCGAGGAGCUUCCGAAGCCUGUAGAGGAUGACGAGUACGAGUUAGAUGACGAUUCGUCUUAUGCGAUUGUCGAGCAUAACGAGUCGAGAAACGUAGGAACCAGCCGGAAAAAUGUCGAACAAUUUUCCGACGAAAUCCUGGAAGAAAAGUCCACUAGAAAACAAGCUCGAGUGCAAUUGGAGAACUUCAGUGACACUGGAGUCUUGCAUGAAGAUGGUGUCAGAAAAAGCGACAAUUAUAAGACUCAAAGUGAUCCUCAGAGGGAUUCCCUCAUCUCAGGUGUCCAAAUCAGUUCCGAGUAUCCAACAACAAUGAUGCCAGUUCUCACGACAUCUCGAGAUGUUCGAUCCUUCGAUUUCAUCCCUGUAAACAUAAUUCGGGAAGACAGUAAGGACUCUUACACUCCUUACUCCGAAAGACACUUUGGGGACCUAAGUGAUGUCAGUUUGGUACCAGCUGGUACCAGUUCUCGAAUCCAGGUGAAGAAAGGACCCAAUGGUAAGGACUACGAGUACGAAUACGUGUACUAUUACUAUGACGAAGAGGAAGAUAGCAAGAGCGAUGGUACCGUUUCAAACCCCCACGAUGGACAAAUCAGAACAACGGCCCCUCCGAAAAGAGGUUCCCCAAGUUCCCGAAAUAAAUACAAUUCCAUCGAAAGAUCAACCACCGUCGAACCCGUCAGCAAUGAAGUCAUUCCUAACAGAAAUGGAAAUAGAGGAAGACAGCUCGCCGAAGCUGAAGACAUCUCCGAAGAACGCCUUCCGACUAACACUAGAUUCCCACCCAGGUCUAGGUCGAAUCACAAUACCGGGACCACGGAGCCCAGUCGAGCUCGAGGAAACAGACCAAGACCCAGUUUGGACCUCGUAGACUCGAGCAGCUUCCGGACCCAUCAGGAGGGUCCAGAAUUCCCCCAAAACCUGCCAAAAGGGCCCGUAAGAUUUCUAGGAGUGACUCCUAAUGAAGAUAGCGAUGAAAAACCACUCACACGGGUUCGUGGAAGGCCUCAAAGAAUCCAGGAGCUUGCCCCUGUAGAGGAGGUUGCCGAAGGACCAGCACCGGUCCUCAGAAGACGUCCCGUCGUUCCAGACCCAGAGGUCGAAGUUGAGCUGAACAGGGGUCAGCCAUCUCGUCCGGUCGUGGAGAACGUCGAGGAGGAGGAAGUGGGCACUUCGGAUGCACCUCUUUCUUCCCAGAGUUCAACCAUUUCCGGACAGAUUUCGGAAAAGGGAAAUCAGAAGCAGAGUCCAUCGCAGGACCAGGACUCCGAGUCCUUAGAAGGCAGCACUACGACCGAAAUUCCCACCACCGAGUAUCCUUCGGCGAUGGACAAGGUGGCUUUGGACCUGUACGCCUUCCUUCAGCAAGGCCAAAGCAAUCUCGUCGACUCGAGUAAUUCCGACAAUUAUUCCGGCGAGAGUACCACGGUAUCCGAGGACGAUGCAACCACCGAUGCACUUUCGACCACGGAAUUAGUAACCACAACGUCAGCCGAAUUUGUGACAACGACUACGACUCCUACCACGACCACGACCACGGAACCAACGACAACCACCACCACAACCACGGAGCCAACCACCACGACCAGUGCCCCACUUCCUGCUGGACGUGGGAAGUUCCGGAGACCUGGAAUCGGCGCUCCUGGUACCAGAAAUCGUUUCAAGUCAAACGGUGGAAGCACGACCAGCACCGAGGCGUCUGCGGAGCCAACCCAAAGAACCCGAGGAAGGUUUGGCUCUAACGGAAAUGGAGGCUACAAGAGACCAAGACCCGGACAAAAGCCGGUGGAAGAAGACAUCCAAAAAGAUUCAUCCAGUUCCGUGAACUCGGAGAAAUCUGCGCCAGGGCGCAACAGGUUCCGUGGCACCGGGACCAGGAACGCGAUCAGCACCACUCCGGCUUCGGCCACGAUUUCCGGAUCUUCCCAGACGGGAACCUCUAGUCCUGCUCGGCCAAGCUUCAACAAAAUCAACUUGAAUCGCAGAAGAGGUCGACCAACCACGACCUCGCCCACGACUAGUGAGGAAACCAGAGAGAACCCUGAAAAUGGACACACCGAUGCCCACGAGGUGACAACCUCCAAGCCAAGCACGAAACCUCGACUUCCCGGUACCGGAACCAGACCCAUCAGGCCUGGUGCCAGGAUUGGUCUGAGACCAAGACCUGGACAAGCCACCAGCACCACGACCGUUCAACCGGAAGUCUCGGAAGCACCUGUCGAGGAACCUGCCGGAGAGGGAACCGAAGAGGAGACCCAUGAGGCCCCUGCGGAGACCAGUCCACCAGCUAAGGUGACCACGGUGAACCCUUUGAACAAGCUGCGAAACCGAAAUCGUCUUCAGGUUCAGCCUAAGAGCACGACGCGUUCUCCGAUUUCCCUUACCCCGAGGAGAUCACCGUUGUUGCCUCGAAGGAAGACAACCGAGGCUCCUGCUCCCACGGAAGCCGACCACGAAGAGGAGCCGAGCUCGGAGGUCUCCGAAGAAACGGAAGCCACGGAAGCCUCGUUACCGGAAACGAGUACCGCAGCCAGCACCAGGCACGAGGAGACCAGAGGUCUCAGCGGGCUUCUGGCUCCUAGACGCAGGAUAGCACCGAGACGUCCUGGACAGAUCAUUUCCAGG